CUCUAUGGAAGACUAUAUAUGACCUACAUUCAUUUAUCUUUUGUAAUACAGGAUAUGAAAAAGUAUAUUUAAAAGCUAUGAACAUUUUGACUGAUUUAUUCUUUCAGAUAGAUUAAAAUGUUGGUAUCAACAAAAGUAUGUGUUUGUUGACAUGAAAUUAUUUGGUGUCGGCCUACUUGACAUAUAAACUGAAUGCAAUUUUAAUAAGUUUACAUAAAAUUAGGGGAAAAAGUUGUUCACGAUAGUGUCUGCUUGUGCGUGCUAGGGUCAACAGUUCAACAGUAAACAAACAUUGGAUUGAAACACAUCGUCUGGUUCAUCAUAAUAACUCUAUGAGACACGCUUUGGUCAAGAAUGGCCAGUGGCCUUGCUAUCAUGUGUAUAACAGUUGAAAUUAUCCUGCGUGAUUCUUGAGCAUUGCCUGAACAAGCCAGGUAACACUAAUAUUUGGACUCCAUCAGAAGCUUUAACCGUUGGCCAAAGAAACAGAUGAACUUAACAUUAUUUGUCCCAUAGAUCGCAAGUGAAGGUCUAAAAGGGGGAAAUUUUAAUAUCAGAAGAUAUAUCGGAUUCAGUAGACUGAGGCGAGAAUGGAAAGUAUGAAUCUUGCAAUUCUGUUCGUUUCUCAACUUGUCAUAGCGUCUUCUAGCUCGCCAGACCAUGGUUACAAAUCGACGUGUGAUCCGGGGAUACCUUCUAGAGUUCCAGAUCACUCAGAGGCCAAGCUCUGGGCCGACCGCUUCUAUCCAAGCUGUGAGGAGGGCCAGUACCUGGUGUCUGAUACCUGUGUUACCUGUGAGGAUGGCACUUUCAUGACAAAAAAGAUGGCAGGCGAUCGAACACACCAGAAGUGCUUGAAAUGUAGUGAACCUGGAAUGUAUGAGAUCAUCGCAGAGCAAUGCACAAGAACCAGAGAUGCUAAAAUUAUGUGCGAAGACGGAUUCUACCGUCUGGAAGAGCCCGGCAUUCCCUGCAGGUCUAGCUGUGUGCGGUGCGAUGUGUGCGGCGUGGGUAGGAACAUGUUCAAGAACUUCGAAGGACGAGAGUGUGGCGGCUACAAGAACACCAUCUGCUGCGCAUACCCAGACACAGUCGUGGUUGAUGACCAGUGCGUGAAUGUGACCACCGUCUCCUCGUCUACCACCACAAACACUACAACCACAACGACCUCAGAGAGUCCGUCGUUUAUAUGGCGAGAACCAAUGCAAGCUCAGUUUGUGGCUGUAGGCGCUGUCAAGGGAGACGCGUCAGAUUUGAAAACUGACAGGUUUUAUUUUGUGUGUGCAUUCAAUAGUUUAAUUCUAGUCCUUGUAUUUAAAGUAUUUCAUUAACAUUACUAUGUAUUAGCUUUUCAAUAAAUGUAUUGUACUACGAGACGCAGUGGAAUUAGUAAUCUCUGUAAUCUUAGUCAUAGAUUUAUAUAUGUGAAUUUACAAAUCCUGUAACUCUGCCUUUCCUAAUGAGGCUCAGUAAAAGUGGCCAAGAAGGAUUGUAGGAGUCAGUUUUAGAGAUUGGGUCACAAAGAAAUUCUAUGCCAAACUGGCACUCGACCUCUUAAUGAGGUUGUGACCUAGCAUCGCAUGAGGUUUGCGGGACAUGACCUCCGACAGAAUAAAUCACGCAACCCAAAGAAUUGCAAUGACAUACAGGCUGAUACGAGGAAAGCGCAAAAAGGGACAUCCUCGUCAAACUUGGCGCCUCACUUUUAUGGUGGAACUCAGAGCAGUGGAUAACAGCUGGGAAGAGGAGGCUGUAGGUGUUGACAGGGACCGAUCUCCAGGGAUACAGCUUAAUGUUUAAUGCGCUGAACAUCGCAGAAGUCUAAGUAAGCAAGGGGAAAAAAUACAUUUCUUGCCAAGCCUUUAAAAGUCGAAUCCAUUUCCCCCCUAAUUGACUCCUCCCCCUUCUUGAAACAUUAUUAGAUAAUUAGUUUAGACACACAGAGCAAAUCUAAUUAUGUCGCCACAAUCAGUAGCCAAUGUCAAAACACAUUUUUUACAAUUAAUAUUAUCUCCCAUUUUCCAAAGUCUAAAGGAAAGAUAACUGAGACACCAUUUCAGAAAUGAUUAGACAACUUUCCAGAGUCUCAUUUGUUUCAAGUCGUCUGGGAUUUGAUGUUUGUCAGACCAGUCCACUCUGGAAAAGCGUUCACACUUUUUUUUUUUUUUUUUUUGUUAACACUAUUUUCUUGUCACCUGAUAUUCUAAUGGAAAUAAAAAAUAUGGCACAAUCAUCGGUAGCAGGAAUUGUGGGGAGCCGGGACUUUCCCAUGGGAAAUCUGGAUUGGAUACGAAAUGAUUUUUAAAAAAAAGACGCAUAUUUUUUUAAUUGCAACCAAGUAUUUUAAGUUGCUGUAUUGUUUGUACAUAAAGUAAAAAUGGAUUAUUAUUAUUUAAAAAAAAAAAAAUUUUAAAUUUUCUUUAAAAUGCUCUAUUUUCUCUAUCACUGUGUGUUUUUUUAACUGUAAAAAUAUUCGCUAGUUCAUACACCAUGAAAACUAAUGUUUUCUUUUUCAAUAUAUCUUUAUUUAAAUAAAAUCACAUAUGUCGGUCGUAAUAUUACAAAUACAUUAAUAACAGUCUCAUCUACUUUGGCGCGGCAUGGUUUGUUAUGAGUGGCCAUUUGGUCUGCUCAUCUUACCCAAAGUUAUCAACAACCUUAGUCAGAUACUGUAUGAACAUGCGAUGUGUAUAUUCAGUAUACUACUGUAAGAGUAAGUGAUACGUAAAUAGUGAAAUACCUUGAAAUAAGAUUAUCUUGUGCAUUUAAAGGUUAAUUCAACGCUCAGUGUCUAAGAUCCAUAAGCAGUGACUUGGUUAGAGUACAGCGCCCUCUGCCCCAUGGUCACGCCAGUCAUUAAUUUGUCCUUGUCAUACAGUCAUCCUGUUGCGCAUAGCGAGGUAUCUAUUAAUACAACGACAACCACCAAUUAUGAAGCCGCUCACUAAUAGUAAUAUUGGUUUAACCUAUAUACAUAAUUUGUGAUUAUAUUCUUGAUUUAAAAUUGUGGUGUUACUCUCUUUGGCGUUUGAAAUAAAGAAUUCCUAAUAUCUA